CUUAAAUCCCAAACCUCUUCUAAGCAAGUCCAAGUCUAGAUAAAAUGUUGAAGAUAUUCACAUCAUCAAACAAAAUUAUUCAAAACUCUUCCAUUUUCAUAUCCAUAUCCAAUUUCCAUACCAAAAACUCAGCAAUCCAGUUCAUUCUUGAAGAAGGUAAAACGCUUCAAUCUCAACAAACCACUAAGCAGAACGAAGAAGUUGAGUUUAGCAGAAAACCUAAUUCUGGAAUUCAGACUCCUCAACUAUGGCCUGAAUGGGUGAAUUUGAUGGACAAGUUGUUAAAAAUUGGAUAUUUUGAUGGAUUCGGAAACCCUUUUGGAAAUGCUCAAUGGGAUGCAAACCUAAUUAGAACUGCUUGUUUGAAUUUUGCUCGACACCGAUUUGAUCUCAUAAGGGCCAUGGUAACAGAUAUUUGUCCCCGCAAGAUAUUGAGGUGCUUGCAAGUUGUGGCUGUCCAAGCAUGGAUAGAAAAGUUGUCAACUCUGGAAAGCGCCUUAGAGUAUUGUUCGGCAUCGAGGAAGGAAAUCUUCUGCAUAUUGAGGGAAAGUUGUGAGAGGGCUUAUGCCGUGCCACGUAAAGAUCAAGGUGGUCGAACUGUUGAUGUUAUGCGUCUAUUAUUGACUUAUGGACUUAAUCCAAUUACUGGUGCUGUGGAGAAUAAACCAUCCUUGAACAAAAGAGUUGAGGAAUCAGCAAGAAAGCUGUUGAAAGAAAUUGUGAAUCUCAGUUCUGUGGAACUCUUUUGUGAAACAAAGAAAUCCACAAACCCUUGGAAUCCAUCUGUACAAGGUGAUCAUGAAGAAGAAGGUCAGAUCAAUGCUCUGAGGAAACAUGGUGAUUGGGUUUGUCCCGAAUGCAACUUCUUAAAUUUUUCUAGAAAUGCUAAGUGCUUACGGUGCAAUGGCUUGAAUCACGAAAGACUUAACAAGUUAAGACAGGAGCAGGAUCAUCUUCCAUUAAAGAAAGGCGACUGGAUUUGCUCCAAAUGCCAUUUUAUGAAUUUCGCAAAGAAUACAAGGUGCUUGCAGUGUACAGAAAAGCCACCUAAACGGCACCUUAAUCCUGGAGAGUGGGAGUGUGAAUCGUGCAACUACAUCAAUUUCAAAAGAAACACGGUGUGCUUGAAAUGUGAUCACAGACGACCAAAAGCAUCUAGCUGUGCAGGUUCUUCCUGUGGAUCUGCAAAUCAAAAUAGAAGCAUUAGUCGAACACGGCCUUAUUUUGGUGAACUGAAUGAAGAAACAGAUGAGGAAUGGCAAUUGAUUGAGAGUGAGUGUGAAGAUCGUUUGAGCUCAAUGCCAGAGAAUGAGGUUGUUGAUUUUCCUGUUUUAGGGGGGAAUAGUGAAUUGUCUCGAGAUGCAAAGAAGCAAGAAAGGUGGAAGACUGGAAAUAAAAAAAAAAAUGGUGAUGAAUUGAAUAAUAAGUAUUUUCAAAAUAGUGGCAAUGAGGAAAUGGAUGAGUGGUUUGGGCAUAAAAAUGUGUGAAUCAGUGGGAAACUUUAAAGAAGCUAGCUGAAGGGACUCGCCCUAUCUUCCUGUUUUCGAAGCUGUUCUGGAUUUUGCAAUUCAAAAGGAGAACUGUGAUCCCGGACGCCUCAACUUACUUUUUGUUCUAUGUAAUGAUCUGUAGGAUCCAGAUGGACUCAUGGUCCUCUAUCAUUGUACAAAUGUUUGAUCAAUAGAAUUCAUCUUUUCUGACCCCAACAAAAACACUUUAAGGAAGAUACUAUGAAA